AUGGACUCCAAUGGGAGAGCACAUGUCAAACGAAGGAGACAGGAGAGAAGAUACACGAAGGAGGAAAGAGUAACCACCACCUGCUGUUCAUCAUCGUUCGAUGCACUACUAGACCCAUUGGAGUCCAUCUAUGAGUGUCUGGAGGAAUUUGGAGGUGGAGGACCGGAGUCAUCUGAACCUUCCUAUAUGCAGAGUGUGUACUGCUGGGUUUCAUCCCCUAUCCAACAGGCUUGUAUGAUCGCAAUUGAGAAAAUAGAAAACCUGGAGGUCCUGAAUGCCACCUCCUUAUCCACCUCACCACUUAGCCUCCAACUACCUCCCCACCCUACCACCAACUCAGCCUCCAACCACCUCCCUACCACCACCCACCACACCAACUCAGCCUCCAACCACCUCCCCACCCUAUCACCACCUCAGCCUCCAACCACCUCCCUACCACCCACCACACCAAUUCAGCCUCCAACCACCUCCCCACUGUAUUACCACCCAGCCUCCAACUACCCCCCUACCCUACCACCAACUCAGCCUCCAACCACCGCCCUUACCCUACCACCACCUCCCCACCCUACUGCAACCCAGCCUCCAACCACCUCACUACCCUACCACCACCUCACCACUCAGCCUCCAACCACCUCCCCCCACCCUACUGCCACUGAGCCUGCUACCACCUUUCUUUACUAUCCCAACCACCUCACCACUCAGCCUCCAACCACCUCCCCACCCUACCACCACCUCAGCCUCCAACCACCUCCCUACCACCAUCCACCACACCAACUCAGCCUCCAACCACCUCCCCACUGUAUUACCACCCAGUCUCCAACCACCUCCCCACCCUACCACCACCUCCCUACCACCACCCACCACACUAACUCAGCCUCCAACCACCUCCCCACUGUAUUACCACCCAGCCUCCAACCACCUCCCUACCCUACCACCAACUCAGCCUCCAACCACCGCCAUACCCUACCACCACCUCCCCACCCUACUGCAACCCAGCCUCCAAUCACCUCACUACCCUACCACCACCUCACCACUCAGCCUCCAACCACCUCCCCCCACCCUACUGCCACCGAGCCUGCUACCACCUUUCUUUACUAUCCCAACCACCUCUCUACCCAGUCUCCAACCACCUCCCCACCUUUAUUGCCACCACCCCACUCACCACUCAGCCUCCAACAACGACCCUACCGCCACCCAGCCUCCAACCACCUACACUACCCCAACCACCUCCCCACCCUAUUGCCACCCAAGCCUCCAACCACCUCCCUACCCUACCACCCCACCACUCAGCCGCCAACAACCUCCCCACCCCAUUGCCACCCAGCAUUCAACCACCUCACUACUCAGCCUCCAACCACCUCCCCACCCUACCGCCAGCCAGCCUCCAACCACCUUCCUACACUACCCCAACUACUUCUCCACCCAGCCUCCAACCACUAA